CGUCGCGACAUGACACGCACCAUCUUCCAUCUUCUAACCAACCCAACUGUAGCCCACCAUGGUCAAUUUGGCCGAAAUCGGGGCCAAAUUGACGGCCGGCCGUCAACCUGGCCAGGAACUAUCACCGACUGCACGUGUAGCUAUUAUAGGUGCCGUUGCAGCCGGGGCUAGCCAGUCAGCUAUUGCCCGCGCGUUUCGCAUCGACAGGACGGCUGUCUACCGCAUCCUUCAACGGUUCGAAUCAUCUACCACUGUUGAGUCCAAGCCUCGAACAGGCCGGCUAGAGAUUCUUAUAUGUCGGGAAAAGCGGUAUAUCCUAUAAGACGGCCGUAUCUCCCGAUUAACGAUAUACCGGGUUCUUCGCUAUCAUCGGAUACGUAAGUGGCGUAUAUAAAAGAGAAUCCUAUUGACGAAGGCAGUAGCAAAGGAUAGAUAUUAAUUUGCUUGCCUUUGGUUGAAGG